AUGCACGCGCUGGGCUUCUCGGGUUGUCGCUGUGCGCCUCUGCGCGACGACGCCGGCGCGCCGCUGACGCCGCGUGGCCGCCUGGGCAAGCCGCAGCUGAACGCGCGGCUGCAGGCGCGCCAGUGGAGCGAGCGCAACGAGGCGAUGACCGGGACGCACACGCAGAACCCGGUGUACUCGCGGCUGACGCUGGCGCUGCUGGAGGACACGGGCUGGUACCGCGCCAACUACAGCUUGGCGCAGCCGCUCUUCUGGGGCAAGGGGCUGGGCUGCGACUUCGCCAUGCGCAGCUGCAAGGACUGGAUGGAGAGCCGCGCCGCCAGGGGCGAGUCGCCGCACCCGUUCUGCAACAAGGUGAAGCGCGACCCGCUGGAGACGGAGUGCACCGAGGACCGCAGCUCCGUCGCGCUCUGCAACCUCGUCGAGCACCCGGACAAGCUGCCGCUCAUGUACAGGAACUUCGACUCCAUCCCGCACGUGAAGGCCGGCGAGGAGGCGUACUACGGGGGCUCGGUGUCGCUGGCCGACUUCUGCCCCUACAUCCAGGAGUUCACGUGGCGGUCGCGCAACGUGGUGGUGCGCGGCUCGCACUGCCGCUUCCCGGACAACGCGCCGCAGGAGGAGAAGAACUUCGCCCUGGAGCAGUACGGGCCCGACAGCCUCUGCCUCGACCACCCGCCGCGCAUGUGGGAGGAGCGCUCGUGCCGGCAGGUGGCCAACUACACGUACACGUGCUACUACCCGCGCCAGGAGGUGCCCAUCCGCAUCAUGGCGUACGGCUGGCUGCACCAGGGCGCGCUGCUGUGUCCACCGUGCGAGGAGCUCUGCCAGGGCGAGCGCUGCAAGCCGGCGUCGCCGCCCCCGCGCGGCGUCUUCUACCCGCGCGACGAGCUGCGCUGCGCCGCCGCCCUCGCCCACCCGCCCGCCGCCGCCGCCCUCGCCGCCGCCGUCGCCCUGCUGGCCGCUCUCGCCGCCCACGCGCUGCGGCUCCCCGGCGCCCUAUGA